AUGGAAAAAGAACAAUAUCAAUCCGUGAUUCGCUUUUUAUUUUUGGAUGGAAAAACGUGCGAAGAAAUAAAAACGAAGUUGGAUGCCUUCUAUGGGAACCUUUCACCAUCUAUGACAACCGUCAGAUAUUGGUUCAACGAAUUCAAACGUGGUCGUUCGUCUGUUUUUGAUGAGGAGCGCCCAGGCCGCCCGGCAGACGUGGUUACUGAGGAAAUCGUUGAAAAAGUCCACGACAUGAUUCUCGCUGAUCGCCGAACGAAAGUGCGUGAAGUAGCAGAGGCCAUAGGCGUGUCGUAUGGAACGGCAUUCAAUAUUUUGCCUGAUAAUUUAGGAAUGAAAAAGCUGUCGGCCCGAUGGGUGUCGCGAUUGCUCACGGUGGACAACAAGCGAAUGCGGCUAGCCAAAUUGGUCGAAUUGCCGUACGAAUUGCUGCCGCAUCCACCGUACUCUCCGGAUUUGGCCUCCUGCGACUUCUUCUUGUUUCCAAACUUGAAAAUGACUCGGUGAAAAAGAUUCACAUCGAAUGAGAAGGUCAUUGCCGAAACAGAGACCUAUUUUGCAGAGUUCGACAAAUCGUAUUUUUCGGAGGGGUUAAAAAAAUCGCAGAAACGUUGGGAAAAGUGUAUCCUCCUAAAAGGGGAUUACGUUGAAAAAUAAAAAAAAGUUUUGUGAAAAUCUUGCGUCUUCAUUACUA